CGCAAAGCCAAAGCGCGCGUAAGACAUUUUUGUUACGGGACAUGUUUUUAGGCACACUUCGGUCGUGCAGGUAUAGCUGUUUUUCCUGAUGGCGGGCUACAGAAGGGCUGAUAGAUUGUCCUCUCGCAUAGAGGCUGAGGCAUUUCUGUGUUUAGAGACUGAAUUAUUGUGAUGAAUAGCAGGCAGGGGAUAUGCGUGUACCAGCCUACAGCGGCGUUACUGACAAAAUCCAGUGCAACGGCGGAACUCAAUUCGAGACCCUCACGUCCUCGAAGAUGUCCUGAAUCUGAUAGAUGAUAGCAACGGUUCGAUUGUCGGAUAAGUUUGAAUAAUGCGCCUUCAAGUUUUUUUUCUUUAUGUUUUUUAAGGGGUUACUGCGGGGAAGACUGGAGCCAUCUAAUGUUAAAUUGAUGCUGUAGGCAUCAAUAGCCAACGUUCUGGGUGAUCUGUUAGGCUUUAUGAAUGGGGAAAAUCUCUUCGGAGUCAUUCGGUGUUUGUUUUUUAUCCGAACGAUAGUUUCGCAGACUAGCCGAGUCUACUCCGCAAGAAUGAGACUGAAGUGCAACUGGCCCGUAGAAUACAGGGCUGAGUUUUGCGCCAUUAAUUACCAUUCAAGUUGUCCAAAAUGCCAUGUUGACAUUGUGUAAAGAUAUGGAUGAGUCGGCGUCACUCGAUGUCGAGACACUGAAGAUUACCCAGGAGCAGUACAUACUGGAUGCCCGGGCAGGGCACCAUCAGAGGCCUAGCUGUGACCCUGUCUACCCCGUGGGACUCUAUGGCUGGAGGAAGAGAUGCCUCUACUUCUUCCUUCUGCUGUUGCUGACUGUAAUGAUCGUCAACAUGGCCUUGACUGUGUGGAUAAUAAAGGUCAUGAGGUUCACUGUGGAUGGAAUGGGGAACCUCCGGAUGAACCAGGAAUCGAUACACCUGGAGGGAAUAUCGGAAUUCCUUUUUCCCUUCUAUGUAAAGGAGAUCCAGUCAAGGAGGGACAGCCCAUUGGUUUUGCGGUCGAACAGAAACGUGACCGUGAACGCUCGAAACAUCCAAGGCCACCUCACUGGGCAGCUGACAGUGGGCCCCGAUGCCCUGGAGGCCCAGUGUCAGAGGUUCCAGGUGAGGAGUAUGGAUGGAGAGAAGGUGCUGUUCUCUGUCGACGAAGAGGAGAUCUCCAUUGGAACAGAUCACCUCAGAGUUACAGGGCCAGAGGGAGCGGUCUUUGGACGCUCUGUGGAAACGCCACUCAUCCAGGCAGAUGGCUCCCAGGAUCUGAAGCUCGAGUCGCCGACAAGGACGGUGACCAUGGAGGCUCCCCGGGGGGUAGAGAUCAGCGCCGCCAAGGGGAAACUGAAAGCCACGUGUCGGAAAGACCUGGAACUGCGGUCGACGGAGGGAGAGAUUGUUCUAGAUGCAAACACAAUCCGACUGGGGAGGCUUCUUCCGCUCGGCGUCUACUCCCCGGACCCGGCGCCUCGGAGACACACCGUGUACGAGCUGUGCGUCUGUCCCAACGGCAGGCUGUAUCUCUCCCCUGCCGAGAGCAGCUCCACCUGCCACUCGAUGAGCCACGUCUGCCUCUGGAGCUGAUCUGAGGACAGAUCCCGACAGACUCUUACACCGCUCAAGGCCUUGGCUGUGAUGCCCACCACUGUUCUCCGGCGUCAGUGGUGGCGACGUGGAGGUGACCAAGGGGCUGUCUAGAAACCGCUGCUACAGUAGCGCCUAGCUCAGACCUGACAGCGUUAUAUCCUGGGUCAAUCUGGCUGAAAUCUUGUGCAGUGGUGUUUGCAGCAGCCCGUGGCGAAUAUAUUUGGUUAGCAUAUCUUAGCUGGCGAAGACUUAGACUCUCCGCGACACCUCUUGUGCCCCUCUAUUCCAGGGGUACACUUCCAGACGAGUGCCUAGGAUGAGGGGUUUGUUUUGGGACCAUGUUACAAAACAGCUGAGCUCAGAGAACUUGUUGGAAGCACAAAUUCCGACAUGUAUUUUUCCAAGCCAAGAACUUGUUUAUAAUACCCUGAACAAUAAUAUAAACACUGGUUCAUUUAAAUGCAUCAACAGUGAUUUAUUCAUUAUGCCCUUAUCUGUGGAUUGGACGGAAGCAUUCGUCCACUGAAAUUGGUUACGAUGCCAAACUGAGGUCACGUCAAGACCCCGGUGGGGGCGACAAGCAUGCAGAUGAGUUUCCUCGAGACAGUUUCUGACUUGUUCAAACCAGUUUGAUCAGCUUGUCUUGGGUGGGCCUGUCUCAGACGGUCCUGGCGGUAAAGACGCCAAACGUGGAGGUUCUGGGCUGGCGUGGUUACUGCGGUUUUCAGUGCGGUUCGGACGUACUGCCGAAUUCUCUUUUAUGUUUUACGGUGUGAAGGUUAACGGUGAGUUCUCUGCUGGUCAUUCCUGCAGCAUUGAGAUUUCAAGCUCCCUCAAAACCUUAAGGCAUCUGUGUCGUUGUGUUGUGCAGCGAAACAACUCAUUUCUUGAGUGGCCUUUUGUUGUCCCCAACACUAGGGGGCAAGGUGCACCUAUGUAAUCAUCUCGCUGUUUAGUCAGCCCACUGAGGGAUGUCAAACGAUGUGAGGAAAAAUAAGCAUUUUGUGCGAAUAGAAAAUAUAUUUAAUUUCUCUUCAUGAAACAUGGGACCAAGACCUCACAUGUUGUGUUUGUGUUUUUUGUUCGGUGUUCAUUGCUUGAUGGGAACUCUGGGGAUUCCCCAUGUGUUGUACGUCCAAUCAUUGCAAAUUAUACGUUUUUAUAUUCUGUGAAAUGUAAACUAAAACUGGUUUAAUGAAGACGUUUGUAAUGGGAAGUAUUUAGAUUGGACACCCCCCCCCCCCCCAAUUUUUUUUUAAUAGAUUAUGCAUUUUCUGACCCACACGUGCAUUUACACAAAGGUCUAUAAUCAUAGUAAUAUAAUGAAUGCUCCAAGGGCUGGUUUCCCUGACGCCAACCCAGUAAUUGACAGGAUCAAGCCAGUCCAACGCUCCUCUGUUCUGCUGACGAAGGCAAAUAGCAUGGGGGUGUUGGUACCUGGAGUCAAAAUGCUUUAAUAGAUGGGCUAGCUGAAACAAAAGGAUGGUUAUUGACGUCUGGGUUAUGAACCAAGGAUGUUCCUACUUCCUCCCUGUCUGCCGAGACGGGAAACGCCCAUCUCUAGUUCAGACAGCCAAUGCCUAGUUGGCAUGUCUUACUCUCGUUAUUACAUCCUUGUUCUCCACUAGCUGUCACUCUGUGGUCUUAUCUGACCUGGUGUGUAAGGAAUGUGUUGGGUGAUAAUCUGUCAUUCUAAGUGAUGUGAAAUUGUGCUACAACAAGUAAUAUUUAACAUUUUCUAACCAGAUGCAUUAUUUUAUAAUGAUCAACAUUGUCCUGGAUCUACAUAAUAGACCAAGCCAGUAAGGUCCAGCAAUAAAACACAUUUCUAAAUAACCACCACCCACCAAAUAAAAUAUGUUGAAUUUCAUUUGCAGCCACGUGAAAACAACACACUGCCAAACUAAAUCUUGUUAAAGGGUUAACGCAAAAUGUGUAAUCACGCAGUGAUUUGCACUCAAAAUGGGAUCGUCGACCUUCGCAGGAUUAGUUCCUAUGGAAACACGGCCUUUGCCGCCCCUUGCUGGUUGACUUGCCGCAGUUAAGCAUGAAUAGUAGUGGUUGAUUUGUAUUACCAUUAUAGCUGAAAGUAAGUACUUGACGUAACUACAACAUGCUAAGUGGUUGUAGCUAAUCCCUGUGCCAUUCACUCCAAUACCAUAUAGCAAAAGAACUGACAUUCUGCAGCCGAGGCGUUGCUAGGAUCACAGUACAUUCGGGGCUUCGCCCGCCCCCCCCCUAUUCAUAAAAGAACAGGCCCCGGUGAACUUGGCACCAGACUGGCACGCUUUCAACUUAAGUACCAAGCGUGAAGCAAAUAGUUAAGAUGGGUAUUUUCUUUAACACCGUCAAGACAUGUUUACAUCACAAUA